AUGUCAAACAAACAGGAGCAACCACCAGCCUACCCGGCCCCAGUCCACCAAGACGCUGGUCCUUACAAUGCCUCCCCAAACAACACUCCCUCUCCAGGACCAUAUUACCAGAGCCCGCCACCUCAAAACGGCUACUCCAACCCCAAUUCGAACGGAUACUUCUCACCCAGCCAGCCACAAUACGGACCUCAGGGCGGCUACUAUCAACCAGGAUAUCAGCAGGGAUAUCCUCCGCAAGGUUAUCAACAAGGCUAUCCGCCACAGGGAUAUCAACAGGGCUACCCACCACAGGGUUACUAUGCACCGAACUCGAAUAAUAGGGGAGUCAUUAUUAUUCUUGGGUACUAA